UAGCACAAAAUGUUAUUUAGCGCGUAAUUCAGGCUCUGUGUUCAGACGUCUGUUCGCGGGAAAGAACAGUCGUGUUAAGACAGAGAAUAAGGAUAAGGAGCUAAUCGGAAUUAAUUUUCUACAAUAAAUAUACAUAGCCAUAUUUUAGAGUUAAUCACUCCGACUUCCACAGAAGCAUAGGGAUGCUUUUUCGUUCAAUUGUUGGAAAUCGUCUCGGCAGACAACGACAAAAUGUUUUACCUGUACCCUGGACCAAGUACCCUUUGAGCUCACUCCUGGAAGGCUACCAGUGUGUUCGCCAUGAUGAACACAUCUCCUAUGGGAACCUUGGUGAUUCCGUGCCCCCGUUUGGAUUAUCUUUCUCCUCUGUACGAGAGAUUCAAGAUGUUCUGGCUGUGGCAAAUGAAGAAGGUAUUGUUAGGAUUUACAAUACAGAGGGACGAGGAAGCCAACUCCUGAAAGAAUGGCUGGCUCAUGAGAAUGCUGUCUUUGAUUUAGCAUGGAUGCCAGGAGAGUCUCAACUGGUAACUGCUUCAGGUGACCAGAUGGCCAGUUUGUGGGAUGUGAAGUCAAGUGAACUUUUAGGCAGCUUCAAGGGCCACCUCUGUAGCCUCAAAUCUGUUGCAUUUGCUCCUGAAGAAAAAGCUGUAUUCUGUACUGGUGCAAGAGAUGGAAAUAUUUUGGUGUGGGAUAUCAGAUGCAGUAAAAAAGAUGGUUUCUACAAACCAGUCAAACAAAUUCAGGGUGCUCAUAACAAAGCAGAGUCAAACCACUCAUCUAAAACAAAGAAGAGACGACUCAGCACUCGUGGCAUGGCUCCUAGUGUGGACACCCAGCAGAGUGUAACUGUGGUUUUAUUCCAAGAUCAGCACACCCUUAUCUCCUCGGGAGCAGUUGAUGGGGUUAUUAAGAUGUGGGACCUAAGGAAAAACUACACUGCACACCAUCACGAUCCAAUUGCCAUGCAGACGUACCCUUAUCCUGGUUCUUCUAUGCGCAUGCGACUUGGUUAUUCUGGACUUGCCCUGGACUCCACAAGGUCUAAUGUCAUGUGUAACUGUACCGAUGACAACAUUUACAUGUUCAAUAUCAGUGGAAUAAAAACUACACCAGAGGCAGUUUUCAGUGGCCACCAGAACUCAUCUUUUUACAUCAAGUCCACAAUUAGCCCAGAUGACCAGUUCUUGGCCAGUGGUUCAAGUGAUAACCACACAUACAUCUGGAAGAUUUCUGAUCCCAUGCAUCCCCCCAUGACUCUUCAAGGCCACAAUGAGGAAGUGACAUCUGUUGCAUGGUGCCCAACAGACUUCACUAAGAUCGCAUCCUGCUCUGAUGACCACACUAUACGCAUCUGGCGCCUUCAUCGUGAAAUAGAUAGGGCACAGUCAUCAGUAGGAGAGGCGAAUCUCGUUGGAUGGGCAUGUGCGAAGAGUCCACACAAACCUUCGAGCCCCACUGAAACAACCCCUGCUAAGGACCAGAGGGCUGAGAGCAUUGGAGUGCUGCCCUCUCCGCGUAUUGCCUCCUGUGCUCCAAGUGGGGCCGCCUUGCCUCUACCCUCCAGCACCACAUCCCCUGUCCAGUCACAGCAAGCAAAAGCCCCUAAUUGCCAGAGAACCCCACAUUCUAUCAAAUCAUGGCUAUCACCAAGACAAGGAUCUCCAAGCCAGAAAAGCCCACUGUUGCGUAAAGUACUGAGUCCAUGUCCUCAGAGCCCACCGGGCAGUGCAUCUACUAAGGCACCACGAGCUAAACGCAGGCUGGAGGCUGAUGAUGGCUUGUCUGAGGAAUGUGAUAGUGCAAAGCAGUGUGACUGUGUCUCAGAACUCUACUUGGUUGCCAAAAGAAGCCGGACCCAGUCUGGCAUCUGCUGCCAAGCUCAGGAGGGUCUCCUCCAGACAGACAGAUAUAAUGAGGAAGGGCAAGAAAAAUCAAAACAGACUGGCAAGGAGAACUGUAGCCCAGGAGUGACGGACUGGCUCUCAAUGAUGGGCCAAAAGAUGAGAGGUAGCCCAAGUCGUCCCCGUAGCCCCAGCACGGCAAAGAGACAAGCAGGCAAAGCACCAUCGUCACCGACACUAAGCUCGCCAGUGAACAUGAAAAAAAUUUCCUCUUAUUUCAUGAAGAGAUCUGCUGAGUGACCUGCAGAUUUCCAUCCAUUUGUUUCCGUUUGAAAUGCAUUAUUCUAUGUCAUUUUAACUGGAGCCCUAAAACUGCUUUGUAAUGAAUGUUUUAAAACUGAUUCAUUUAACCUUUGACAUAUACGCUCACAAAUUCUGACACCACCUUUAUAUUUAUUGAAGCAUAUUUUGUGUGUUCUACAGUAAGUGUUUAUGAUGCUGUGCAAAGUCUCUGACAUGACUUUAUGCAAUGUUGUGCGAAGCAUUUUCUUAUUUCCUGUAACGAUGUAACCUGUCUCUUGAAGCAUAAACAUUACUGUAAAUUGAUAAUUGUUCUAUCUUAGAGCCAUUUUAUGACCAUGUGUAAUUCAUCCACGUUGUUCUGCUCACAAUUAUUUUUGUGUAUUUUUUUUUGUUCUCAAGCAAAUGCUCCAUUUGUUAAUAUGUACAAAAUAACAAGCAAUU